AUGAUUUUUUCACCGGCAAACGCCGCCAUGGAUUCGGUGACGUCGAUCGGCAAUAACCGGGACGGAGACGGUUUCCGGAAAAAGUACGGUCCCAAGUCGACCGACUCGUUGACCUUCUCUAUUGCCCGCAUCAUGGAACCGGACGUCCGGAAACAGCCCAACGCACCAGCGGCCGACUACUUCCAUGCACUUGAAUCGGCGUUUAAAAAAUACGUGCCGGCGUUCAGGUCCAAUCCACUGCAAUCCACGCACUGCGCUAUCACCGCCAACGACGGACGGACACCGCUGACGGUCAACAAUAACGACCGUUAUCUGUCGACGACGAUGACGACAACGACGACGGCCGUACAGCUGUUUCACUAUCAACAACACCCCAAGGUGCCGUGCGCCGCGGUAGACAGACCAGCUCAUUCCCGUUCACAACCGCCUCCGCCGUCAUCCGAACUUCCGGCGCUCACUGCACUUCCGGUACUUCCUGUACUUCCGGUGCCCCCACCGCCGCCACCGCCAUCACAUCAGAUGACGCUCGGGCGACUCGCCGCAUCCAAGCCCGUUUUGCCACCGUCCAGCGCCAAGGAAUUGUCGCAGGCUGUCACCUCUGUCACACCGGUUAAGACGUUUACAUGUAAUCAUUGCGGAAAAGUGUUCUACGCUCAUUACAACCUGACGAGACACAUGCCUGUCCACACAGGCGCUCGGCCGUUUAUUUGCAAGGUGUGCGGCAAAGGUUUCCGGCAAGCGUCCACGCUGUGCCGCCACAAGAUCAUACACACUGAAGAAAAGCCGCACACGUGCGCUAUUUGCGGAAAGGCGUUCAACAGGAGCUCGACGUUGAAUACGCAUACGCGGAUACACGCGGGAUACAAGCCGUACACGUGCGAAUACUGCGGCAAAGGAUUUCACCAAAAGGGCAACUACAAGAAUCACAAACUCACGCAUAGUGUGGAAAAAGCGUACAAGUGUACCGUGUGCCACAAAGCUUUCCAUCAGGUGUACAACCUAACGUUCCACAUGCACACGCACAACGACAAGAAGCCAUUCACAUGUCACGUUUGCGGCAAAGGGUUUUGCCGGAACUUCGACCUUAAGAAACACUUGCGCAAACUCCACGACGCCCCUUAUCCGCAGCACCAGCCGACAGCGGUCGCGCCGCAAGCCACUGCAGCCGCGCUGACGGCGCAACCGCCGCCGCCGCCGCCGCCGCCGCAGAACAUCCGCCACGGCCUCGGCACGUGCGUGCCACCGUUCCAGCCGGUCCAGGCCGGAUCCCACAGGAACGCGAUCGUGUCACAGAACUCGCCACACCGUUACUGA